GAAGAGGGAAGCAUUAUAAAUUGUAGAUAUGAUUCAAGAAGAGAUUACUUAAAAUUAGGAGCAUAUAGAAUUUGAAAAAAAAAUUUAAUGCGCCAAUAGUAUCUGUGGAUAAUAGCUGAAAAAAGAAAAGGAAAGAAAAUACAACAAUUUCUUAUAAUUUGAAUGGUCUUAGAAUUUGAAUGCAAUAAGCAUAUGUUUAUUUUAUACAUUUUAAGACUUUGAAGGUAUUUUUCUUGCCUGUAAUUUAACAUUUUCUGCGGAAUACUAAUUGAAAAUGACGUUCGAAAAUGAUCUGACUAAUGAGCAAAAGAUCGCAAUUGACGAGUUGAAAAGAAGAACAAUAAAUGCCAUAACUCCAAAGAUGCGUGAAGAGGAAACUCUAUAUUAUAGAUUUCUGAAAGCUCGCGAUUUUGACUUAGAAAACAGUGAAACUAUGUUAAGAAAACAUAUUGCUUGGCGUAAAGAAUUCCAGGUGGAUACGAUUUUGACAGAUUUUAAGCCUCCAGAAGUAUUGAUGAAAUAUCUUCCAUUUACCGUUAUUGGACACGAUAGGGAAGGAAGUCCUGUAAUAUACGCUGAUAUGAAUUGCGAUGUAAACGGAAUUUUAAGGUCUACAAGGAAAAUAGACCUUUUCAAGCACAUAAUAUUUUUGCACGAAAAACUCCUUGAAGAUAUGAAGGAACAAAGUAUAAAGCAAGGGAAAGCAGUUACAACUAUGGUGCAAAUAUAUGACUAUGGCAAGAUGACAUUUGCCAAAGCUACGAAUAAAAAAUCUAUAGAACUCACGAAGUUUGUAAUAAAUUUGUUUCAAGACAACUAUCCAGAAUUACUAAAAGUCGUAUUUGACAUUAAUGCAUCAUUUUACUUCACUUUAUUUUUCCCCAUCAUAAAAGUAAUUUUGGCUCCUGCAGUCUACAAUAAGAUUCGUUUUUAUGGUACAGAAAAUUGGAAGGAAGAUCUUCUUGAAAUCAUUGAUGCAGACGAACUUCCAGCCUUUCUUGGUGGAAACCGAACUGAUCCUGAUGGAGAUCCUAUGUGCAACAGUUUUGUAAUUCAUGCGGAAACAGUACCUGAAAGUUAUUAUUUGAAGAAAUCUGAGAAAAUACUCUGUAAUACUCCUGGAAUAGAAAAAAUUACCGUUUCCCGUUUCUCGAAAGAAACUCUUACCUUUGAAGUAAAAGAAGCUAAUUCAUUUUUGGAGUGGGAAUUCGAAACAAAAAACAAAGAUAUAGGAUUUGGUGUGCAUUUUAAGGAAAAUGAUUCAAAGAUUGUUGAAGUUUUGCCGAAACAAAGGAUCGAUACAUACUACGGAUCAGAAACAGGUGUUUACAGAUGUGAAAAGCCUGGUACAUAUAUUGUUUCGUUUGAUAAUUCCUACAGUUGGAUAUAUAAAAAGGAGAUUUACUAUAAACUGAGGGUAAUUGGACCGAAUUCUAUCUAGUCAUUUCGAUGAGGAGAAAUUUUAUGUAGAAGUAGAGAAGAAUUAUUGCAUAGGUGGAAUUACAGCAUAGGAAGAAUUAUUGCAUAGAUGGAAUUACAGCAUAGGAAGAAUUAUUGCAUAGGAGGAAUUAUCGCAUAGAAAAAUUAUUGCAUAGGAGGAAUUGCAAAUUAUUAAAUAGGAGGAAAAAUUAUUGCAUAGGAGGAAUUGCAAAUUAUUGAAUAGGAGGAAAAAUUAUUGCAUAGGAGGAAUUGCAAAUUAUUGAAUAGGAGGAAAAAUUAUUGCAUAGAAAGAGUUAUUGUGCCCACAAAGAAUUAUUGCAUAAAAAGAAUUAUUGUGCUCACAAAGAAUUAUUGUGCUUACAAACAAUUAUAUACGUUUAAUGUAAAUUAAUUCUUUUGCCGAGUAGUAUUCUUAUUGUAAAUAUGUUGUGCAUGGUUUAAAUAAAUAUUUCAAAUGAUUCAAUUAUAUUG